AUGAUUCGCUCAAGUCACAGUACGUUUGCGAACGAUUAUGUGUAUCGCGAAGCGUACGAUCGUCAUUUUAUCUUGAAUAUAACCGGAGUGCAAUCACUAGAGCAAUGCGCAUAUCAGUGUCAUAACAAUGAUUAUUGUCGCACAGCCACCUAUUAUUCUGUUGAUAAGAUCUGCUCGUUAUCCGAAGAAUAUUCGUAUGUUGGCAUUAAAAUCGAAGCGAUUGGGAUAGCAACGAUAAUUAGUUUCACAUUGUGUCCAAACGGCUAUUCUGAACCAGAAUACUUGUGUUUCGGAGAUGAACGUCAACCUGUUCCUUUCGCCGAUAUGCUGCUAUCAUUAACACUCGUAAAAACGCUAUCAAACACAUUAUCGUUUAGACCAGCCAUGACGACAACAUCUUUAUAUAUACCGUUAGUUAAUAAUGAUACUUUGUUGAUUUAUGAUCUAGCGUCGUAUUCCUUAGCUGAUAAAGUACAGUUGAAACCUGGCGUUUAUAUACAAGGAUUUGAUUUGGAUUUGAGAAAAAAUUAUUUGUUCAACGAUGCCAUCAGUCAUAACUUAUACUACUAUACGAAUUCGACAGUAAUAGCAGUUGGGGAUGCUAAUUAUGCAACUUUUCAUGUAUGCAUGUCUAAUCAGUACAUCGUUGGUCUUCGUUUCAUUAGUUUACCGAUAAUCGCUAAUGUGUUUAACAAAACAACGUUCCAGUUUCUGUACAACGUUUCAUCUGCAAUAAACCCUUUAGCAUGUAUUAUCCUUAGUGAUCAAUUGUAUCUAGCAGCAGAUGCAGGUAUUCUUAAAGUAAACGAUUCAUCCACAGUGGUGUUUGUGAAUGAUCCAUGCCGUAUUCAGGGCCCAUUGGACAUGGAUGCUGCGGGAAGAAUGUACGCUGGAUGUGAAUAUAGUAAUACUUCACGUAUUAUUGAUUAUAUUACAAGCGCCUCUCUGGCUUCAAUCAGUACAAGUUAUUCGAUCGCAGUCGGUAAAAGUUCAAAAUACAAAUAUCGACUUGUAAAGUAUGCAUCACUAUCAUCACUGGAUUGGUAUGAAUAUUAG